AUGGGGGCGGGAGCCAGGGGCGGCCAGCAGGUGGGGCCCGGGGGCCGGACUCCGCCCCCCACGCCCGCUCAGCACCGGCCCCCUCUCCCGAGCCGGAGCGCGAUUGGUGGCGGCGCUUGUCGCUCGGAGGGGGCCGGGCCGCUCUGCUUCGCCACUGUACCCGCGCCGCUGCUGCCGCCGCCGUCCUCCCAGCUGCGCGGGCCGUUUGGAAAAAAAAUCCACCUCAGUUUCUUUGUCAACCCCUCUGUCCGGGUGGCCACCGGCAGGAGCUGCAAACUUGGGCGCAGCGGCUCCACAGCCAGCGAACAAGGCUUUGGAGAACCUCAGGACUCAGGUGGGGCGCCCAGCGGCUCCCGGCGUGCUACGGAGUGUGAGCGCGGGGGAGUCCGGAGCGCGCGGCAAGGAGGGGCCCCUGGGAGCUCUAUAUGGAGGAGGGAGCCCAGAAUGGUGUGCACCAGGAAGACCAAAACUUUGGUGUCCACUUGCGUGAUCCUGAGCGGUAUGACUAACAUCAUAUGCCUGCUCUACGUGGGCUGGGUCACCAACUACAUCGCCAGCGUAUACGUGCGGGGGCAGGAGCCGGCGCCUGACAAGAAGCUGGAGGAAGACAAAGGGGACACUCUGAAGAUUAUUGAGCGACUGGACCACUUGGAGAAUGUCAUUAAGCAGCACAUCCAAGUGGUUUGUAACCUUUCCCCUACCACCAACACCUGCAAAAUCUGCCAGCCCCCAUCAGUGAUGCUCUAG